AUGAGACAGCGCUCACCGACUUUCGACGCGGAAUCCCAUCUGGCAGGUUUCAAUGGGAUUCCACAAGUGCCCAGUGCAGCCCAGCCAUGUAAGAUUGAGGAGAGGGCAAUCGAUGAAGUCCGUCCAUUGAAGGUGAUUGUCAUCGGAUCUGGUAUAUCAGGAAUUCUCAGCUGUAUUCGGUUAAGGCAACGCAUCCCAAAGCUAGAUUUGUGCAUAUAUGAAAAGAACGCAGACCUGGGAGGGACCUGGUUUGAGAAUCGAUAUCCAGGUUGCGCGUGUGAUAUUCCAUCUCAUACUUAUCAGGCUAGCUUUGAGCCGAACAAGGAAUGGUCCAGCUUUUAUGCCAAAGCACCCGAGAUUCAUGCCUAUUGGAAGAGGCUUGCGCGGAAAUAUGGAUGUAUGGAUUUCAUCAAGUUCAGCCGGCAAGUUUCUGAGGCUGUAUGGGACCAGGAAAACUUUAAGUGGCAGCUGAAGGUCGAAAAUCUGCAGAACUCGUCCACGCUUACUGAUAGUUGUGAUAUCUUGAUCCAAGCGACAGGAACACUGAACGAUUGGAGGUGGCCAUCCAUUCCCGGCCUGCAGAAUUUCAAGGGCAAGUUGAUGCACAGUGCCUCAUGGGACGAGAGUUAUGAGGUCAAGGUAAGCCGGUCUAUCUUCUUGCAAUAUUUUCCGCUAAAGAAACCACAGGGCAAGCGCGUUGCAGUGAUCGGUAAUGGCUCGAGUGGAAUUCAGAUUGUUCCUGCGAUAUUGCCCAAUGUGCCUCAUAUUGAUCACUACAUCCGAAGCCGUACCUGGAUCUCGCCACCAUUUACGCAAGGUGAGAUGGAAAAGCGUAAGCAUGGAACAGACAACUUUGAAUUCACGGCGGAAGAGAUCAAAAAUUUCAAGACAGACCACCAGUCAUACCAGGCGUUCCGUAAGAACGUCGAGCUAGAGCUUCAGUCUGUUCACGGAGUCACCCUGGUGGGUCAUCCGGUGCAAAGCCAAGCUCGAGAUGCAUUUGUCGACAAUAUGAAACGCCGUCUGGCAAGGAAGCCCGGACUAAUCGAUCAUCUGAUACCUGCGUUUCCCCCUGCUUGCCGUCGACUCACCCCCGGGCCUGGAUAUUUGGAAGCCCUGGGCGAUGAUAAGGUGGACGUCGUUACCUCUGAGAUCGUCAAGGUGAAUGAAACUGGAAUCAUCACUGCAGAUGGCCAGCACCGAGCAGUCGACAUGCUUAUUUGUGCCACCGGAUUCGACACUUCGUUCUCGCCGAGAUUCGCGGUCAAAGGGCGCGGUGGUAAAACGCUCACAGAGAGGUGGAAAGAGACACCGGAGACAUACCUCUCGAUUGCGACUGAUGAGUUUCCGAAUUACUUCAUCUCAUUCGGCCCCAACUCCGGGUUGGGCGAUGGUAACCUUCUCGCGCUGAUAGAAAAGUCGGUUGACUAUUUCACUGCCUGUAUUCAGAAGAUGCAACGUGACAACAUCUGCGCCAUGAGUCCCCGGCAUGAAGCCGUAAAGCGAUUCAGAUAUUAUUGUGACAAUUAUUUCCAGAAGACGGUUUUCACCAGCGGAUGUCGCAGCUGGUAUAAGAACGGCACUGAAGAUGGCCGAGUCACUGCUCUCUGGCCGGGUUCUUCGCUGCACGCCAUGAAAGCCUUGGCUCACCCCCGGUGGGAGGACUUUGAGUAUGAGUAUGUGAGCGACAAUGCGGUUGGCUGGCUUGGAGAUGGCUGGACGGAAAACGAGAAGAGGAACAUCAUCAAUGUUGAUUAUCUCGACGACGACCAGGUUGACUUUCCUCCAACAUGCCCGUCUUGGUCGAUUUGA